GACGAAGAAGACAGUCUACCAGAGGAAUCACGCUACGUUUACGGUGGGGGAGUAACGUUAGAAGGGGUGGAAGCGGCAGGAGAGGCUGCUGAAACGGGGCUGCGGCGUUCCUUCAUGCGGCGAUCUGGCCACACGAGGCCGCGCUGGCGCAGCAACCUCCUUCUCUACUACGUUUGCGCGUUCUGCACCCUUCUACGGGGUGCGUCCGUGCCGGCAACGCUGUUCAUGGACGGCAGACAGUUUCCACGGCACUCGACGAACGCCGUUCCCCGUCCAGUCGUGACGAAGCAUUCCAUUCGACCCUUGAAACCGCGACGAUAUCGCGUCUGUGACCCAACAAGUCCACCAAAUCAUCUUCUCGUCCUCGUCGUCGACUCUCAAUCGCUAAAAACGCGAGAAUCUUUUUGCAAGAAGCAUCAUCGUGGCUCGAACACGCGACUAGCAUACUCGGAGGAUGCUGCAAGCAACGUGCAGCAACGUGGCAAGCUUCUGAAGCAAGAUCUCUUCCAGUGGAACCUCCGUUGGAUCAUCUCGUCUCUCCCUGGAUCUGCUCGUUUCUUCCUGGCUCUUCCUACUUGUACGGGCUCGCGGAGAUGAUUCUCCGGAAGAUUUAACUUUCUCGUCGAUACAGCCCGUGUAUUCUACCGGGAAAAACCAGUUUGGUGAAGUAAAUUGUUCGUCGGAGGAAGAUUUCGAUGGUCGAACCGGUUGCUUGAGACGAAUAACAGAUGACAGGGUCGCGGAUCGAUGUAAACGACGAACAGGCUCCGGGCUCCUCGAUCGCAUCUGAAAGGUGGUGGCGAAGGGCGAAAUAGCCGAGACGUGCACGGUUGAUCGACUUAUCGAAACGAAGAUCCCUGUGUCUCGGGAAAAAACUCGCGACAGUACGAGAUGAGAAAUAAGAGAAGCUUCGGCUACUUCUAAAUAAGAAGCGUACUUUAAGAGGAUUCUACGAGUGUUCUCUGAGAGGACUCUAUAAGUGUUCUCUGAGAGGAUUCUGUAAGUGUCUCUUGCACAUCAGAUUCGAAUCAGACAGAUUUCCAGAUCCGUCCGAAAGAAGCGAGUUACAAAAGAUUUUAAGGAAGCCAGGUAUAAUUAAGAAGCUCCUGAUGUACUUGUGAGCUCAGGUUUCUAUGAGAUUUUUAAUUAGACGAGAAAAGGAAGAAUCUUCUAUGUAACGAUCGCGGUCAAACGAAGUUUUACGAGAUCUUUUAUUUGAAGAGAAAGGAAGGAAUUAUCUAUGUAAAGAUUGGAUCGGAACAAUUCGAGGAGCCGAAGGAAAAGUUUGUUACGCGUCGGUGAGGCGAUAUGCCCGGCGAUACGACUGUGGGAAGUUGAGGACUGGCUUGAUACGGGGCGAUCGCUGCCAAGUGCAGUGGCACGAUCUCGGUAACAUGGUCGACGACGACGGCGACGACGACGACAACGACGACGACGACGACGAUGACGACGACAACGACAACGACAACGACAACGACAACGACAACGACAACGACAACGACAGCGACAACGACAACGACAACGACAACGCGGAGGACGUUGGUGUGCGCUCGCGACGUCGGCGUGCGCUCGCGACGUCGGCGUCGACAUCGUCGUUGGCCGUAGCACAGUCGCGAAAGGAGGGAUGCCACGACGACCCACAUUCCGUCGAAUUUAAUUUCAUGCCUUAUCUCUGGUAACCACGGUACAAUGCUUCAACUGGGGCGGCUGCGAAUCCUUCUAUCUUACCCUUGCUUGCCAGCGCACCAAAUGGACGAGGCUCGAGGGAGGAUAGUGGAACGAUAGGAGGCGACCGGUUGCGGCUGCAGCUGCGGCGUCGGUCGCUGCACCUGCAGCUGCAGCUGCGGCGACGAGGAAGCUGCCGGUAGCAGCGUGCAGACGGUGGCUAAAACAUAAUGCAGAGCACAGGCGACUACUAUCAGAGGGCGCCGAGAUGCUGUCCAGGAAGGAACGCGAACGCAAACGCGGACGCGUUGAGGAUCAACGCUUCUGUCCGGGGAGCGGAGUUGUUGUGCUGUUGUUGUAGCUGCAGUACGGCAACAUCUACCAAGACACCGGGAUUACUGGCCAGUCUGGGUGUCUGCGUACUCGUGCUGGGUUACACGCUGUUGGGCGCGUUCGCGUUCAUGGCGCUGGAAGGUGGCCUCAAGUCGGAUUCGGCGAACGACCUGCUCGUUCCCGGUUCCAAAAACGAAGGAGGAUCGUACGUGGUACCCAGUAUCGAGGAUGACACUGCGGCGAUGGAACUAAGAGCGCGCACCGUUGAAAGGCUCUGGAGUAUCACAGAGGACUUGAACGUGUUGUACAAGGAAAACUGGACACGAUUAGCAGCCAGGGAAGUGUUCGAAUUUCAGGAGAACUUGGCACGAGGUCUCAGGAGGACUUCCUCGCAGUACGAGCCGAUGGGAUCAUCCUCUCGCUCCAGGGACCAUUCCAUGGACAGAAGAUCACAUAGAAAAUGGACCUUUAGUGGCAGUUUAUUGUAUUCCUUGACGCUGAUCACCACUAUUGGAUACGGUAGCGUGGCACCUCGCACAGUCUGGGGUCGUUUAAUCACAAUAGUGUACGCUCUGGCUGGAAUUCCCUUAAUGCUGGUCUAUUUAAGCACGGUGGGCGAUGUUCUCUCAAGGAGCUUCCGUCGUUUGUAUGGCAGAUUGUGCAGGCCUCGAAAUUGCACCAGGAAGCAACAACCGCCGCCACCGCCACCUCCUGUAGGUGGCAUGAUGAGCAAAACCUACAGAUAUGAUAACCAUGUCGACUCGAAAUCUGGAAAUUACUAUUCAGCUAGCAGAGAAAGCUCCUGCGACGAUCUAGGAACCAGAGGCACCAGCAGUGCCAUCUUGUUGGACUGUGGAAGCGAGGGACUGCUUCAUGCUACCACCAGCUCCACCGCAGCGCUUCAGGACGUAACAUCAGGAAACAGUAAACGUCAUUUUCACCCGUGUUCGCUGUCCCUGUCGACGAACUCGUCGCCAGGUUACGUAGUGGAAACGAAUCCCGUGAGGAUACCGAUCAGUCUCUGUCUAGUAAUCAUGCUGAUCUACAUAUGCGGUGGCGCGGUGAUGUUCAAUCGUCUGGAGGGUUGGAGUCUCUUGGAAGGUGGCUACUUCUGCUUCACCAGCCUCGGAACGAUCGGUUUCGGCGACCUGAUGCCCGUUGGACGAAAUGCCGCGUCCGCCACCCUGGAGGAACUCAGCCUGUGCGCCUGCUCGCUCUACAUACUCGCCGGGAUGGGCCUGAUCGCCAUGUGCUUCAACCUCGUCCAGGAGGAGGUGGUACGCGUGGUCAGGGUCUUCGGUAGAACCUGCGGCAUGUCGUCGGGGGUGGUGGUCGGACCUAUCGGUGGUACAGGUGCCGGUCCUGGGCUCAAGGCCGACCUGGACGACGGAGGAGGCACCAGUGACUCGCGAUUGUCCGAACAAGAAGAAGAAGCGAUCGCCAUGUCCAUGGUGCCAACCUCCUGACAACAUCAGGCCAGGAGUCCCGGGGAUGGGAAACUCCUGGCCCACGCGUCCAACACUGCCAUAAAACCAUCGCCUGGUCAUCAUUCUCUACCACGAAAGAAAACGCCGUCUGAA